AUGGCAGCCCGCAGAGCAGCUUUCGUUUUCGUCGCCUUGCUGGCAAUCAGCAGCGUCUUCGCUGAAGAGGAAGCCCCUGCCAAGAACGAGACCGGAUUGGCUCUAUCGCGUGCCAAGCGUCAGUGCUGUUCGUCAAGCUCCAACUCUUGCUGCGGCAACAACAACAACGUGCAGUGCGUGCCAGUUUGCCUCCAACAGUGUCAAUCGUCCUGCCAAACCGUCCAGUGCGUGCAGCAGUGUCAGCCAGCCUGCAACCAGCAGUGCGGUGGUGGAAACCAAGUGAUCCUUCUCCCACAAACCAGCUCCUGCAACCAGUGCCAACAACAAUGCAUCAGCUCCUGCGCCACCCCAAUCUGCGCCCAAUCCUGCAACAACCAAUGCUCUAACCAGUGCGGAAACUCGGCUCCACAAAUCGUCGUCCUCCAACCACAACAGAACCAGUGCGGAUCCUGCCAAUCGUCCUGCCAACAGACCUGCCCAACCUGCAACUGUCAAUCGGCUUGCGCUCCAGCUUGCGGAAACAACAACAACAACCAGCAAAUCAUCGUCGUCCAACAAGACAACUCUUGCUCGUCCAACUGCAACAACCAAUGCUCCAGCUCUUGCUCCACCCCAAUCUGCAUCCAGUCCUGCCAGUCGUCCUGCCAACAGGCCUGCCAGCCAACCUGCCAGCCACAAUGCAUGCCAUCCUGCUCGUCUAGCUGCACCUCCAACCAGGCCCCAAUUGUGAUCGUCGCCCAGCAAGGAGACUCCUGCUCCAACUCGUGCUCCAACCAGUGCCAAUCCGCCUGCCCAACCCCAAUCUGUGUUCAACAAUGUAACUCGCAGUGCCAGAACCAGUGCUCCAACUCGUGCUCCGGAAACAGCUGCAACCAACAACAGCUCACUAGCUCCUCAAAACCACUCCGAUACUUCCAGGUCAUCGUCCUCCAACAACAAGACAACUGCCAGAACCAAUGCCAAUCCUCUUGCAUGAACACCUGCCAAUCCUCGGCUACCGUACUCCAGUGCCAGCCAAUCUGUCAACAGACCUGCCAGAACACAUGCCAACAAGCCGCCCAAAUCGUCGUCCCAUGCCAAUCGACCUCUUCCGGAUGCGGAUGCUCCUCCGGAUACUCCCAAUGCGGAGGAUCGUGCUGCCGUCGUCGUUAA